UAAUAUAUAUCUAAAUGAUACGUAUGCAUUCUCGAGUUGAGGUUAACACCGUUUUGCUCAUUUCACUGUUGAUUUAGGGGCAACGAGCACUAAGUCAUUCAUAUCAUAAGUUUUAACAUCCUAAAUUAUUUAAGAGUAGAAUCCCUCCCAUCAAAGUCAGAAAUUUUCAAUUCUGUUCCAGACAAUGAAUUUGAAUAACACCAAACAACGAUACUCUUGAUCGGCCAAUUGUGUCUUCAUAUUGAACGCCUGGCACUUUAAAAGAUUAUGGUAUAUAUUGCGUACUUUGCCCGUUCAUAAAUUAAUUUUUGAAUGCUUUUUGUAUUUAAGUUUAUUUAUAGCCGCCAUCGGUAACCCAAACAGACGACUUGUUCAACGGUUUGAUUUAAGCCUAGCCAACCAAUACUGAAUUACAGACAAUCUAUUCCGGCGGUCAUGUAAUAAAAAAAGGGUGAUAAUUAAUAUUAAUUUCGACUAACAUUCAAGCUCUGUAAUAAAAAAACACAAGCUAUAUAAUAAAAAAGAGAAUAAUAAUUAAUAUUAAAUUCGACUAACAUUCAUGCUGAGUACCAUACAAGAUAUGUAGGUAAUAUAUUUACUUUAAAUCUGUACUAUUUAAGAGGCUAUAAAACGACCUUUAAACUCAGAUGCUCAAGCGAAGUAGACAUAACAAAUUUAUUAACAUAUUUUUUGCCUUUGACCCACGGAGAAAUGUUCAAAUUUUACUGAUAAGGAGGCAAGAUUUUAAAAGAAAUUUCGAUUUUCCAUAUCAAAAUUUCGAAUUACAUAAGUCAGCAAUUCGAAUUAUAUAUCUCUCAAAAUUUCGAGUCGCACUUGUCACUAAUGCCCGUCCGUAGAUGUAAGACUAUACAUGUAUUUCUGUCCUUCUAAAAUCUUACAGCGUCUCUUGCAAACUCGUACACCGUCUUAAACUGUACGUCUGCUUUUUACCGUUUUACGAAAGACGGAUUGACAAAUCUUAAGAUAAAAAAAUGUUUCGUUUGUAAAGUCUUAAUAGUUUUUAUAGUUUAAUGUUUUUAGUCUUAUACUGGGAAAAUCUGGGCCCGUAUUUAUCAAUAUCCAGACUUUGUCACAGAAUGUCUAGAUGCACGUAUGCAUAAUCGCCAAAAUAUCUCAGCCAAAUUUCAUUUAUUAGAAUUGAUUAUAAAGAAAGCAAAGUAAAAUGAAAAACUGGUGUUCUAAGCAUAAAUUUUACGGUAAACGUUGUUGAAUAAGGACCUGCACUUCGCAAAUGUGUGUUUUACAGUGUCAACUGUCAGUGCCCUCAAGGUUUUACACACAAUAGUGCCAACGACACUUUAUAAAUACAACUUAUUUCCAGGCUGUUGAGACGUUUUUAUUUUCCCCUCUCUUAAAAGUUGUUCAUGAUUUUUACGGACCAUGAACCCACCUUGGCUGAAACAAGGGCUGAAGCGGUGCCGAGCGUUAAAAUACCCUGAAAUCCCGACAAUAAGCCGCGGCUUAUUUUAAAUUUUCGUAAGGAUUUGGUGGCUUAUUAUCGAGAACGGCUUAUUUUUGAGUCAGGCGAACCUUUGAGUACAUAUAUCAGUUAAUGGUUUGAAAACCGGCAUAUUUUCGAGCAGAUACAUAUAUCAUUUUUUUUCUUUUAGUAAAAACAUCGACGUCGGUAAUAACUUAAACUUCUGACAUAACUCUUUUGUUACAAUUACUUAAUGAAUGAAAAUAAUCCGAUGCAAACAGAUAAUUACCCUUUAAAAGUUUUGUCUGAUCUAACAAACAAAUACAUGUACACCUAUGAUUAAAUCGCCCAACGGGUAUUAAUAACUUACACAAUACGUGAUAACCACGUGAGGGAGGCGUGUGUGAUACCACUACAUAAAAAUGGAAAAGAUAAAAACGACCCUAAAUCAUAUAGACCAAUUAGCCUUACCUCCCACUCAGGGAAAUUACUGGAGGGGAUGGUAAAGGCUCGUUUAGAUCACUUACUGGAAUCAAAAAAUAUCAUAAACCCCUUUCAAUCUGGCUUUAGAAAGGGAAGCAGCACUUUGGAUCAGCUUGCGCGUUUGCAGCAAGAUGUGAUCCAAGCCAAAAACAGAUCAUGUUCAGUGCUUGCAAUAUUUUUGGACUUAACUGCAGCUUUUGAUUUAAUUUAACGUGGCAUUUUGGAGUACAAUAUAAACUUAAGGAAUAUGGUAUCACAGGCGCCUGCUUCCAGUACUUAAGGUCCUUCCUUGAGGGCAGAAAAAUUUCUGUUAGAGUAGAUGGGGUACUUUCGGAUCAAGAACCUCUUGAACGUGGAACUCCUCAAGGUUCGAUCCUCUCACCGUUGCUCUUUUCUAUUAUAAUCAACGGUCUCCCAGAUACUCUCUUAAACUCUGGGAUGGUCAUCAGCCAGUUCGCAGAUGAUUCUGGAACGUGGUAAUCAGGGUCCAAUUUGGUCAAACUAGCCCAGGAUGCACAGGCAGGUUUGGACUCACUAUGGGGAUGGGCUAAAAACUGGGGAUUUAAAAUUUCAGAAACUAAAACAGUAGCUAUUCUUUUUGGAAAUAAAAUACAGCACACUUUGAACGUUAAUUUAGGCGGCACACCAAUAAAAUUUGUUAAAGUUGCUCGAUUUUUAGGAGUACUAUUGGAUAAAAAACUCACAUUCGAGCAACAUAUACUAGAUUUGGUUAAACGGUGCCAGAAGGACUUAAAUGUUAUGCGAAUGUUAAAAGGCACAGAUUUCGGAACAGAUAAAAAUAGCCUUUUACUACUAUAUAAGUCCCUUAUACGUUCAAAAAUAGAUUAUGGUGCUCAUAUCUAUUCUGGUGCUAGUAAUACUCUACUCAAUAAGCUUGAUAGAGUCCAAAACAAUGCCCUGAGGUUGGCCCUGGGUGCCCUCAGCUCCACCCCUGCACAGGACCUUGAGGUAGAGGCAGGAAUACCUCAAGAAGAAUGGAACAAACAUUAAAAUAUUGGACCAGAAUUAAGGCCUCUAAAACUAAUAACCCUGUACACACCUUAUUAGGUACAGGUUAUUUUGCUAAAUCAAAGUUCAAAAAUUACAGUCUUCCAUUUGGGGCUCAUUCCCAGGAAUUGGCUGAGAAUUGUGGCCUAAGAGAUGUAAAUGUUGCCGAACACAGACCCUCCGUGGUUCCGCCAUGGACUCUCAAAUUGCCAGAUGUUGAUAUUUUAUUAACAGAAAAAGUGAACAAAUCUGAUUUGCCGCAAUUCGCAAAUACAGAAACAAAAAUCUAUUUCGAAAAAUAUUCAGGUCAUGUACAUAUAUAUACAGAUGGAUCAAAAUGUCCGAAUUCAGGCAAGGGAGCUUCUGCUGUUGUAGUACCAUCAAUGAAUUUCGAACAAAUCGACAGGUUAACUAAUAAUACAUCCAUCUAUACAGCAGAACUACUUGCCAUCAAAAAUGCUAUGUGCUGGAUUUUGGCCAACAAAUCAAGCAAAGUGGCCAUUUCUUCGGAUUCACUUUCAUCACUGACCUCGCUGAAAUCAAAUAAUAGUCAGUCGAGGCCAGAACUGUUAUCAGAAAUAAUUAAUUUAUAUAAUGAGGGCCUGAACGCAGGCCUAGAGGUCACCAUAGUAUGGUGUCCAGCACAUAUAGGCAUAUCUGGCAAUGAGAGAGCUGACUUGGCGGCCAAGGCGGGACUGUUGUUUGAGAGUGUAACCAAACAUAUUGACCUCUCUACCACUGAAGUAUACUCCAGGAUUCGAACCUAUAUUCUGGCCAAAUGGCAAGCAAUUGUUUCUAUAGGUGAACCGAAAAAUAAACACACCAAGACUUCUGUGGGGCUCAGCCGUCCAAUGAUAUAUUCACAAGAUAUAAAGGUGGAUAAGACCAUAACACGGCUGAAACUGGGCACAAACCUGUUGCCCGGUAGUAUCGGGCAAUAUAUCAGGAAAAUUGAACCGGUUUGUGCCCAGUGUAGAGUGAAAUAUGAUACUAAACAUCUGUUACUGGACUGUGGUGAAUUUGGCACCAAUAGAGAAGCUUUCAAACAAUCACUAUCAUUCUGUGGCCUCAAUUAUACAAUAAAAAACAUACUAGAUCCACCAAAAAUUAAUAGAGUAGCUGUCUUUAAAGCACUAGAAAAAUUUAUUCUAGACUGUAGAUUAACUGAUAAAAUCUAAAAUAAACAUUAUUAAGGUUUUCUGCUUCCCACAUGUGUCUCUUUUCAUAACAUAAAGUCAUAAAAUAUAAAAUAGUGUAAGGUUUAUACUGGAUUUUUAUACUUGACAAAAUAAAGAAAAGUAUUAUACACAAUAUACCUAAAAGAUCUGGUUGUAUAAAGCAUUGAAUAAUUUUAUAAUGACUUUAUAGUGUAAGGUAAUAUUAAUAGUACAUGGAGGAGAAAUUUAAAUAUUAAUGAGGUUUUAUACUUGACAACACCAGAGUAUGAGCCAAAUUUGUCAGUCUUGUCAGAAACAUUUAAUAUUUUUAUAUAAUUCCAAAGAAGGGUUUUUUGAGUGAGUGCGGACUGACCGAACAUUCCCAUUGUAUUUAAUAUAAUGGAAUAAGGUAACAUUAAAAUUAAUUAGUAUAAUACAUAAUAAUAAGAUUGUUUCAGAUACUCCAUAUAUAUACUUUAAUAAUAUAGAACACAAAGUUGGGUAAGCAGUAAACACAAAACAAUAACAACAACUAAACAGAUAUAGGGGUGCUAGUAUAUUCUACUUAACUUAUAAUAGAAAUCCAUGGGAUUGUCAACAUUUUACAUAUAUUCUUUAAAUAAAAACUCUAAAAUAGUUAAAUGGCACUUAGGACCCAGUUGUUUGGGUAAUUAUGAGUAAUAGCCAAAGACGGCAAGUCUUUUUCUUUGACAAAGCAAAAAUUUUAGGUCAAGCGCGAUAUUAGCAAGAAUAGUUGAGCUACAUCAUAUUCAUAUAUAACCGGUCACCCCAGGAACUCUAUUAAUUACCAAUCAGCUAUAAUUGUUAUGGCUGAUUCAGCAAAGGAGAUAAAGACAGUAAUAAGCUUAUAGAAAGAAUAAUAACAAAAAAACUAUGUUUGUUGCUUCUUGUCCUGUCCCUCCUAUAAUACAGUACAGACGCCAUGGUGUACACGAAUAUAUAUACUAUAAUUGUGUAGGUUUUAAUUGUUGCCAUAUCAUGUGACCCUUAUGUUUUAUCUGUAAAUAUGCCAAAUGUAAUUAUUUUAUAUAUAUAUUGAUAUUUUUAACAGUGGCCCUAAAAAGUAAGCCGUGAAACGGUGUUUUCUAUAUAUUGGAUUGUUUUUAUUAUUCAUAUCUUAAACAGGGUCACGCGAAAGGCAUUGUCUUAAAUAUUGUUUGAUUGAUGACCAUUAUUAAUCAUAUGGGAGGAAGGGAGCUACAUGUUGCCUGAUAUGUUAAAAAAGUCUCCAUACUGUACAUAAAUAUAUACUAUUUCUCUUUUAUAGUAUAAAUAAUUUUAGCAGUUUACUGCAGAAAUGGGCUCAAUGUAAAUAAUAUGGAGCAAAAGUCAUCAUGAGCCCAUCCAAGAGUGAAACUAUCUUAUAUAUGUUCAACAAGAUAGUUUCACCACAUACCAGGCAAUGAAGAUAUUACUGAUAGCUAAAUGGGGCUUUAGUCUACAACUCAGAUUUUUCUGAGUUGUUAGAAUCUCAGUGUGAUAUCUGGCAACAUUGUUAUUCUUAUAAGGUCAUCAUCAAUAUUCAGUAAUAACAAGGUCCAGAUAUUAGUUAAGUAUGCAAAAAAAAAUUUAGGCAGAAUGACAGAGGCAGUAUAUAAAAAUGAUUAUGGCUUAUGUAAAAACAUAUUAUUUAACAUCAGAAUGAUUUAUUUUCUGUUUACAGCAACAAUCAGGUGGUUAAAUUCGUUUUUUCUGGUUUUUCAGAAAAAUCGGAUUGACCUACUUGAUUUGUAAACAACUUUAGGACAGCCAAUCACGACAAAGCAGACAACGCGGUUUUAACCAAUCAGCGUUGGCCUGCCAAAACCGUGGUUCGUCUGAAAAAUGUAAACAAACAGAAGUUUUUCAAUAAAUUUAGGACUUUGCUGUCUCUGUCACACUUAUAAAUAUAGUUUUAAAUAUAAAAUAUGUUUUAAUAAUUGAUAUAGUAUAAAUUGGGGAAAACAAAAUGCCUUGACACACUAUAUGAGGUACAUGAAAGAAGAUACACAUAUAAAAAUGAAGAGGUGAAAUAAAUAACGCAAGGUACAGAAAGGCCAGAAAGUAGACUUUAUCGAUCUUGCGUCAUAAAACGUUCAAAUAUUUCAAGUGGUGAAUGUUAAUAUUUUUAAAUGACAAUAAGUGUUUGUGUUUGAUAUCGAACUCCUCUGUGAAGGCUGUGAAGG